AUUCUGGCUGGACCAAAGACCUCACCCCAUUAACCAUCCUCAAAUCUCCUCCCUUCCUCUUUCCCACCUGUUUACUCCGCAAGACUCCGCAGCCCUGGUUGUAGCCCGUAGCAACACGUGCGCGCUGAGGCAUUGUGCCGCCGCCGCCGUGCCAGACGUCCUCGAGCCUGACCACAACCCCUCCAUGUUCCAUCUGCUGCACUAUGGAUUGAUGCCACGAGUUGUUCAGGAUCAGUCCCACAAGUUUGAAACAGACGAAUUGUUUAGAAAACUGAGCGAGGACACGGAGAUAAGAGUGACGUCGUAUCGGGACAAGUCUCCGGAGGAACGGUCACAGCGGUUCAUCAACGACGUAAAAGAAGGGCAUACUUGUGUGGCGUUUCUUAACACCGGAGUAAACCUAAUGCUGCAGUUUUACCCUCCAUCGGGUCCCACAGACAAAGUCACCAAGGAAUAUGUAGACUUCGACAAGGAUCCCUCAAAGGUGGUCCUCAAAAGUCGGUUUAUAAUGAACGGAGUUUGUGUACAAAUGAAGGGUUGGAUCGACCUGAAGCGUCUGGAUGGAGUAGCUCGGUUAGAAUUCGACUACGAUUUAGCGGAUUAUAUUUCAGCAAGAAGACAGAGUAGUGAGAACCAGACUUAGAGAAUACGAAGAGAGACAGAUGAAAAACGAGUUCUCAAUCGCAUAAUAUCUCUAGGGAUCCCAGCUGAUGCCAAUACAAAGCAACCAGCUCUCCUCAAGCACGGGCCCUGAGGGGUCCAGGAUCCACCACGCCCACAGAUACCACCCUUACUAGUCUACCAGACCCACGUGGUUCUAUAUCUCCAUAUGUGGGCAUCACGUGGCUCUACAUCUACCAGACAACAGUACCCUAGUACUCAUCAUGACAAACAGACUCCAGCCCUGCUGAGGUUGUGUCCAGCACGACUAAAGAUCAGCUAAGAUUAAGGACUCGACCGCUGGGUGAUAUUGCUCAGAAUGUAAUCAUUAGGGUUAUUAGUCCAUGACAAUGAUGGUUUACGGAUCCAAAGACAGUUACAGAAUAUUUGACUCAUUUGUUCCUUCCUACUUUCUCAGAAAUCGAGAGAGUCCGUUUUAUCUGCAUUCUCCUGAUAUUCUAUGUAUUUGUGUAACUGUGUAAAUUAUAGUUGCGAUUCAACUGAUU